CAAAUGCCCGCCCAAAGCCCAAUCGUUAGGUUGCGCAAGGGCUGCAGUUUCAGUUUGUUUUAUUCACCAUUUUGAGUAGCCGAAGGUAAAAUUUAUACUAAAUACCUUCGUAGAGCAGGGAUAUUCCCAGCAUUGUUUAAUUUUCUCCACAGGGAAAGGGCGUUGGUUUCGCGACGUCACCUUUUGGGCCCCCUUGGCUUUUAAAAGAUCACGUUUUGUUUGCAUUUUCCCUGCUUUCUUUUGCUCUUUUUCAAUUUUAACCUCUACAGUAUUCCUGCAAAAUGGCAAGACCAGUGAGGAACAGAAAGGUGGUGAAUUACUCUCAGUUUAAUGAAUCUGAUGAUGCAGAUGAGGAAUAUGUGAAAAGUGCUGAGACGGUAAAGAAGAUACGAGCUCCUCCACGUGAAAUCAAGCCCAAGAAGACCAAGAACUCAAAGGAGGAGAGGCAAGAUUCAGAUGACAAACUCUCCAAAUCCAAAAAUGAUUCGGCAGAUGACUUUGGAAGUGAUGAAGACAACGACUUUGGAGAGGAGGAAGAGGAGGAGGAAGAUGGAGGAAGUGACUAUGAUGAUAAAAAGGCCAAAAAGGGAAAGAAGGCAAAGGUUGAGAAGCCAGGCAAAAAACCUCUGAAGAGGAAACGAGGUGGAGAUGACAGCGAUGAUGACAAAGCGGUGAGCAGGAAGCCGAGGCAGGUGAGGCAGGCAGCCUCGAAGGCCGUGUCCAAACAGAGAGAGAUUCUCCUGGGUGAUGGAGGGAGUGAGGAUGAGGAGAAAGAGGAUGAAGAACAGCCAUUUGUGGACCAAGAGUCAGGCAGUGAUGAAGAUUUUAUGGUGGAUGAUGAUGAUGACAGCGACUACGGCCACUCCAAAAAGAAAGGCAAGAAAGUGGUGCCGAAAGGUGGAAGGCGGGUGGAGAGGAAGGAUAAGAAAUCUCCCAAACCUCGGCUAAAGGCAACAGUGAACCCCAGUCCCAUGAAGGGUAAGGGAAAAGGUCGCCCUAGCGCAGCCAAAGCGCUGGAGAAAUCAUCGCCCAAAGAUGAUGAGGAACCCGAGAGCCCCCUUGAAGAUGAAGAGGAAGAUGAGGUGGAGAAGAAAGAGUCUCCUCCCUCCAAAAAGACAAAGGAAGAAGUCCCCGAUGACGAGGAAGAAGAUGAAGAAGAGGACGGCUCGGAAGAGGAGGCUCCAUCCGGGGAAGACUAGCCAUGUUAUCGACAACUUCUCUUUUUUUCCUCUUUCCCUUUACACUCUUUUUCUUUUUGGCUGUUUUCUGGUUGAUUUUGAUUUUUUUUCCCUCCCGUGUCUGUUAUGGCCUGGCUCAUUGGUUUGAACGGUUUUUAUUUUCCUUUUUUAGCCUUUCAGGAUAUUUUCCUGGAACUUGUGAGCAUAUAUAUAUAUUAUUGAGUAAAAUGUGUCCGAGUCAGUUUAUUUAUGGGUCUAUAAUCUCAAGAAAAACCCCAGUAGGGUUGGCGCUCGCCCAGGGUAAUAACAUGAUGAUAUUCUCAGAAAACCGCCGGAAAAGCUCAUGUGUUUGUUUUCAUGGCAUGUAUAAAGCUUCACUUCCACCCUGUAGUGCUAAAUUCAGUUAGCGGGCUUGAUUAGUCAAACAGAAGCAGAACAAAUGUUUGUGUGAAUUGUUUGUAAAAGCAUUGGGCCUGGCUUGUGUAAGAAAUUAAUGGAUUUACUUAACAGUGGAUCUCGGUAAUGAAAGCAAAUUUCUAAAAUUCUUUGCAAUUUAAUCGUUUUACGAAUCGCAUGCGCAGGCAUUUUUCCAGUUCAGUUUCAUUGUUUUAUUCCUUAAAUUGUGGCAUUCAAUUCUGUUGAUGAGUUGCAUGAAGAUUUCUCUUCGAAUGAAUUGAACAGCUUUCAACAAAUUCACACAACUCGUGUUUUCAGGCUCAGUGUGUGAGCGUUACGAACAAUUCACACAAGAAAUCGUAUUUUAUGAAUGAGUUUCUGUGUGAUGUUUCUUGCGGUUUCAAUGUAUUUGGUCGGGGUUUUUCGUUUCACCUGAACUCAAGUUGUUUUGUAUUUAUUCAAAGUGCGUUACCGGCUUCUCGUUCAUGUGGAUCUUAAGAUUGAGAAAUGCGGCUGUAAGACCUAACAUUCAUGAUUUGAGAAUUACAUUUACCAUGGUACCCUAUCACCCUAUUACGUUUUUUAUUGUACCUUUUAAAUAAACACUCGAUUCGUGUAGUUUAAACUGUAACAUUAUGCGUUUGCUAUCUUAAAGGGAUAUUUCACCCAAAAAUCUAAAUUUUGUCGUCAUUUACUCGCCCUCAAGUUGAUUUGCUGAACACAUACAUAUUUUGAAAAAUUUUUGUAACCAAACAGAUCUGGGGCACCAUUGACUUCCACAGUAUUAUUUUUUUACUAUGGAAGUCAAUGGUACCCCAAAUCUGUUUGGUUACAAACAUUUUUCAAAAUAUGUAUAACCAUUUUGAAAAACGCUUACAACCAAGCAGAUCUGGGGCACCAUUGACUUCCAUUGUAUUAUUUUUCGUACUAUGGAACUGAAUGGUGCCCCAGAUCUGUUUGGUUACAAACAUUUUUCAAACUUUUGUCAUAUUUUGCAAAUCAAUUGAGGGUAAGUAAAUGAUGACAGAAUUUAUAUUUUAUGGUGGACUAUCCGUUUAAAAGAAUAUUUUGGGUUUAAACUCUAUUGACGAUCUUUAGCAUGUUGUCAGAUACCACAAAAGGACUUGGUCUCCGUAGAUAAAAAUGCAUUGACGGUUAUGUACAUUCAUACACACUUUUUUUGUUGUUUAACAUUAAGGCACAAAUUUCAAUUUUUGUAAAUUACAGCAUGCCACAGGUGGCGUCCAUAGAGCUCAUUAUGUAACCUAGACUAUUCAUUUUAUGAAUUGUGUUAAUUUUGCUCCGACUUCUGUAUUGUGGGUUUGUUUGCGUUUUAUUUUCAUUUCUUCAUCCACCAGAUCAUCUCAUACAAAAGCUUGAGAAUGAAUGCUUUCAUCUCUCAAACCGAGGCAUGCAGUGUAAGCGUGUUGAGAUCAGGCCUUAACAUGAUUAAUUGUACGGUAAAAUGUGAAUCUGAGGUCUCGUGCACUGUCGCUGCCUUACAAAGCCUGUAUUAUAAUAUAGUACCGCUAACUAAACCAAUGCCGGCUUUGCUUCAUACCCGUUUUGUUCAGAGAUUGUAUAGGUUGUGUGUGGGGGGCUCUUGAAGAGUCAAAUAUUGUUAUUCUUUUGUGCCCUGGAUCAGAUGUAGAUGUGGUCACAUGACAUGAGAGAUGUGAUGAAGAAGAAUUGUACCAUUCAUACGUUAUGCGUGUUUGCUCGUAAAGUAUAUUUCUGUUGCUGCUUGUCUUGAGUUACAGACAUGUGUAUGAUGUAUAUCCCAUGAUGCAUUUCAAAGGUCUUUCUGUCUACAGAGCAUAGUAACAUUUUGACAUUGUUCGAUCCUUUCUGCCAGGAAUCUCUGAAUAUUUUACACUUGUGCUGUUUCAAUUCGGUUUUAACCUAGCUGUCCAAAAAAUAAGUAUGAAUGUUUUCGUGUGCUUUUUUGUUUCAUUUUUCCUCCUCAGAUUUUUUGUAAGGUUUGUUUUUUUAAGAAAAGAAAUAAAAUGUAUCUUCAUUUUAAUGACAAAUUA